AUGACCAUGACAUUGCUGCAGACUGUGGGGCUGGUGGGCAUUGUCAAGAUGAAGUGGCCAGAGUAUAUGGAACCCUUGAUGGACUUCGCUUCACUUUUCAUGUUGGAUUUGCGGGCUUUGAAUUUGAGCUGUUGGGGCUUCAAACCUUUCAUGUCCUACAUCAACAGUGUACUUCUUUGGCCAGGAGCCUUGCUUUGGCUGUCUCUUUGCGGAGCAAUUUCCCGGCUUCUGCCUCUCAAGUAUCACUUUGAAAGGGCCAAGGCUCUUAGCACCGGCGGGCAGAUCUUUCAAAUCGGCUUCACCAUUAUGUCCAAAACGGCUUUGCUGCCCUUCAUGUGUUACACUCAUCCAAACGGCAAGUCGAGCGUGCUGGAACUGAGUGAUGUGAUUUGCUGGGAAUCCGAAGAACACAUCAUCAUGGUGAUCUUCGGGGUGUCCAUGGUGGCUGUCAUGUGCAGCUACUGGGUUUUCUUGCUGUUCCUCACAUGCAUUGCCCCGGCGAAGUCAAAAGAUGAUGAUGGCACUUUCUUCAAGACCAGCCGGUUUCUACGGCACCAUGGCUUGGGCUGCGUGGCUGCGGACGGCAUCACCUUUGCCGCACGUAGUGUUCAUUUCCUCUUCAAGUUGGACUGGCUGCACAUUGGGGUUCGUUUCCCCUUCAGUUCUGGAACAUGUGUUACUCACAAGGGAGGUGUUUUUCCCCAAGCACCGGUGCAACUCUUCGUGAUGACUGCGGUCUUGGAGACUCGGCAUAUGGAAGAUGGCUCGGUUAUGAGCAUGCUACUCAUUUUGCUUCUGUCAGUUGCCUCGGCAUUCUCGGCGUUGGCAGGCGUGCUCCUUGCAAGUCUCUACUCAGUGACGUUUAUUUUGCUGGUUAUGGUCUUGACUGCCUUCUUUCACCGCGCUGCCAUGGGAAGUCAUGAUGAACUGGCCGUUUUGACGCUUGGCAAACCUCCAUCAACCACUGCCCUGCUUCAAGGGUUGAGUGCCCUAUGCGAGGCAAUUGAGGAGGUGGACGUCGAAUUCUUGGUCCAAACCAUUGAUGAAUUCAACGUCUACGACCGAAGGAUGUUGGCCAACGUGUUGACCACCGUGGCACCAUACUUUGACAAUGACCAACGUAUGCGCUUACUGAACCAGAUGCGCAUCUCAUCGGUCUCAUUGUCCACUUACACCAGUGAGAGGGACAGCCGAAACCGUAUCUCCAGCUCCACGGCUCGAUCGGAUCGCACCAACUCAGAUGACAAGGGUGGCGACAUGUUCAAUAGCUCGAUAGCAGAUCACAGCCGGAAUGCCAAUGUCGAAGAGGAGCCAGAAAAGGGGGUCGAAGAGGUGCGGCUCUCAGUCCCUGUUCAAGACCCGGAGGAACGCGAGCAACGCUCAGCGCCCUCAUUUGAGGCCCACAAUCGAGUCCAUUUUGCUGAAACUUUCAGGACAAUGGAGAUCUGA